AUGAAGUCCUUCGGUGUCAUUGCCCUCGCCGCCUCGGCCUCUGCUGCUUACAUCAACGGCACUGCUCCUGCAAAUGGAACUGUCUACACGACUGAGGUUGUUACUGCAUUGACCACCGUGUGCCCUGCUGCUACCGCCGGCGCCUACACCACCACCAUUGCCAACAACGUCUACACCAUCAAGUCGGCCACCACCAUCACCGUCACCAACUGCCCUUGCACCNNCUUACUGUACGUUUCUGCUUCCUUUCAUCUUCACACGAAACGAGUACUAAUGGUUUUGUUACAGAAGCCCGUUGCUUCCAUGGCCACUGGUGGUGCUUCCAACGGCACUGCCACCACUACCAAGCCCGCCAUCUACACCGGUGCCGCUGCCAACAACAUGGUCGCUGCCGGCUACGGUAUCGCCGCCCUCGGUGCCGCUGUCGUUCUCCUGUAA